AAAAAUAAACCAAUCAUCCAAUUUAAAUCACGUUGAUACCAUCGAAAACCCCUCUCUGCACCUCGUUAAUGAGGCUUUAAAACUUUACCAGCGUAAGAAAAUUGUAAACUUUAAUAUAUACAUAUGUACACAUACGAACCCUACAUAUUAAAACACCUCACUAUUUUAUGAAUAUCUUCGACUAAAGUGGGAAAUACUCAUAGAUUAAAGAAUUUUAAAAAUGGAAAGUGAAUUUUAUAGAUGGACGGAUUAUUGACAGUUGGAUUAGAAAACUAUGCCUGCUUAUAUGGGAGAUGAUGGCAUCUCACCUGAACAGAGAAAAAUCAAUGAUGCUUGUCUGGAAGGAAGUUUGAAAGAUAUUAAAGAAUGUCUUGGACAGGAUGGUGUUUCGCAAUAUGUAAAGGACGGUAUGAUGCCGAUGCAUAUUGUAGCAUGCAGCGGACGUGAAGAUGUGGAAGAAAUAAUAAGCUUCUUGUUACAAAGCGGAAGUGACGUUGAUGGACAAACUAAAUCAGACGAAGACACAAUUCUUCACUUGAUUCCAAGACAUAAUAUUAUUCGGAUAGCUUUCCCGACAAUUCUUAAAAUACUAGAAUAUAAACCGGAUGUGUUCAUUAGAAAUAGGCAUUUACGUUCACCUUAUGACGAGGCAAUAGCUCUAGGAUACUAUGAGUUAGCUAAUGUUUUAGAUGGUAGUAGAAGUGCGCAAGAUGCUAGAAAAUAUUACGAGCAAGGCAUUGGCGCUAUGUAUGGUGCAAAACUAGUGGAGGCUGUUAUGAAUAGUAAAGAAGAUGUUGCAAAAGAUUGCAUAAAGAAUGGUGCUAAUGUUAAUUAUGUAAAUGAGCAUGGGGCUGGUGCAAUACAUUACCUGUUUACGCAUUAUGAGCUUCCACCAGAAAAUAUUCUUCCAUUAUUGUUCACAUCAAAAGCUGAUCCAAAUCUCAGAGAUUAUGAAGGUGAUAACUGUUUAAAUUUGGCAAUAAAAAGUCAACGUCUUAGAGAAAGUGGAAACAUGUACAAAAUUGUAAACCAACUAUUAGAAAAAGGUGCUCUCUCUACAGUCAAGGAUUUGGACGGACAUGAUGCUUUUGCUAUAGCAACAUUGAGAGAUUACAAAGACAUAGUUAAACUGAUUCGAAAGUUCAGAGCUGGUCAUCUAUCGGACGACGACGAACCUUCUAUUAUUACACCAACGGAGAAAAAGGAACAAUUCGUGCCAGCGAAAGUAAAGAAUCACGAUACACCACGGAAAGCUUCAGUGAAUAAACCAGAGACAAAUACCCCACACAAGACCUUGGACGAACCUCCUGCGCCAGUUGUAGACCCUGUAAAAGAGAAAACUCAAUUGAUGCACCAGCCAAUUAAAAAACAGCCUACGGUUACUACUUUGAAAGAAGAUGAAGACGAUGAAGAUGAUGAAGAAGAUGAUAUAUUGGAUGAUCCUGAUUUGGAUGUGAAUAAGCCAAACGAGCUUGGAUUGUAUCCAUUACACCAGGCAAUACUACGCACAGAUCCAGCAACAAGAAAUAGACUCGUUUCUAACAUUUUGGACCGCGGAGCUGACGUCAGUGCAAGAGCUCUAGAUAGUGAGGAACAUGAUGAGGGUGGCAAUACAGCACUUCACAUGGCAGUAGCAAGAGACCAGAUAGGAACCGUAAAAAUAAUUUUAGGCUACAAACCUUUAUAUGCAGUUCCAAAUAAUGAAGGGAAAAUGCCGAAUGAUAUUGCUGAAGAUAAUGAUAAUUUGGAUAUGAUGAAACUUUUAGAAGACUACAGAAGAAGUCAACUAAAUCAUGACAGGAACAAAUCUGGAUCUUGUAGUGUUCUAUGAUAUUGUAUGACAUCUUCUAAUCUAAUGUUCUGUCAUAGGCUGUAACAAGAGCUAUUAUAUGGUGUUUUAACGUUUAACAAGAAUCGUAAUCAUGCAAAAAAUCACAAUCCUGCUGAAAUAUUUACCCUUAUUUAACUUCUAAUCGUUUCAAACAAGCACCUUUUAUCUUACUGCAUGUAGCUCAUAAUUAUAGAAGUAAUUCUUUCAUUUAAUUAUUGCACAAACGAAUUUUCUGAUUUGGAAUAUGAUUCUGAUAUAUGAUAAAGAAAAUGUUUUUGAUUACCAAAAAUAUGUAUUGAAAUACAAAUGCAUUUGUUUAUUUAUUGAUACAUUUGUUAAUAACGUACCACAGAAAGGUAAAUACAC